AUGAGCGUCGUUGGCAUUGACUUGGGGGCGCAGAGCACCAAGAUUGGUGUUGCCCGCAACAAGGGUAUCGACAUUAUCACAAAUGAGACAUCAAACCGACAAACACCAUCUCUCGUAGGAUUUGGUCCCAAGAGCAGAUACCUUGGUGAAGCGGCGAAGACGCAGGAAAUCUCGAAUCUGAAGAACACCGUCUCGUCGCUGAAGCGCCUUGCUGGCCGCACCAUCAACGACCCCGAAGUCGCAAUCGAACAAGAAUACAUCACCGCUCCUCUCGUCGACGUCAAUGGCCAAGUCGGUGCGGAAGUCACAUAUCGGGGCGAGAAGCAGAAGUUCACCGCCACACAACUGAUUGCUAUGUACUUGGGCAAGAUCCGGGACACGGCUGCGAAGGAAACCAAGCUUGCUGUCUCAGAUGUGGUUAUCAGCUGCCCGGCAUGGUUCGCCGACUCUCAGCGAAGAGCGAUGCUCGAUGCUGCCGAGAUUGCCAGCCUCAAGACAUUGCGCCUCAUCAACGACAACACCGCCAUUGCUCUUGGCUACGGCAUAACUAAGACCGAUCUACCCGAAGCGGAUCAGAAGCCUCGCCGCGUCAUGUUCGUCGACAUCGGCUACAGUGACUAUACCGCGUCAGUAGUCGAGUUCAAGAAGGGUGAGCUGUCCGUCAAGGGCACUGCCUGGGAUCGUCACUUUGGUGGACGCGAUUUCGACAAGGCCCUGGUCGACCACUUCGCUGCCGAAUUCAAGGAGAAGUUUAAGGUCGACAUCCACACAAAUUUGAAGGCCAAAACGAGAGUUGCUGCCGCUGUCGAGAAGCUGAAGAAGAUCUUGUCUGCCAACGCUCAGGCUCCCAUCAGCAUCGAAUCGUUGAUGGAUGAUAAGGAUGUUCGUGGCUCCAUGAAGCGCGAGGAGCUGGAAGUGCUCAUUCAGCCUUUGCUCGACCGUGUCACGGCACCGCUGGAACAAGCCCUCAAAGAUGCUAAGCUCAAGCCCGAAGAUAUUGAUUCGAUCGAGAUGGUCGGUGGCUGCACACGUGUGCCUUCGAUCAAGGAUCGUGUCAGUAAAUUCUUCGGCAAGCCACUCUCAUACACGCUCAACCAGGACGAGGCAAUUGCACGAGGUUGUGCAUUUGCAUGUGCCAUCCUGUCACCUGUCUUCCGUGUCCGAGACUUCUCCAUCCACGACAUUGUUUCAUACCCCAUCGAAUUUGCUUGGGAGCAAUCGCCUGAUAUUCCAGACGAAGACACCAAUUUGGAAGUCUUCAAGACCGGCAACGUCAUGCCAUCGACCAAGAUCCUCACUUUCUACCGAAAAGACCCAUUCGAUCUGGAGGCCAAGUAUUCGAAACCAGAUAUGUUGCCUGGCAAGCUCAAUCCCUGGAUCGGUCGAUUUUCUGUCAAGGGUGUGAAAGCCAAUCCCAACGACAAGGAGCACUUCAUGAUUUGCAAGCUCAAGGCGCGACUGAAUCUGCACGGUGUCCUUAAUGUGGAAUCCGGCUACUAUGUUGAAGACGUUGAGAUCGAGGAGCCUGUGCCUGAAGGCAAGGAAGGCGAGAAGAAGGAUGGCGAUGCUAUGGAGACGGAUCAGCCCAACGGCAGCGCAGACGCGCCCAAGACUCGCAAAGUCAAGAAGCAGGUACGAAAGGGUGAUCUGCCUGUAGCUGCUGGUACCUCAUCUCUCGACUCAGCGACCAAGGCUACCGCGACUGAGCAGGAGAAUGCCAUGUUCAUGGAAGACAAGCUUGUCACCGAUACUGAAGACAAGAAGAACGAGCUCGAGGCUUACAUCUACGAGCUCCGUGGUCAAGUUGAUGAUCUCUAUGCCGACUUCUCCAGUGAUGACGAGAAGGCCAAGAUCAAGGAGAAGCUCGAAAAGGCUGAGGAUUGGCUCUAUGAAGACGGCGAAGACGCCUCCAAAGCCCAAUACAUCGCCAAGAUGGACGAGAUUCGCUUCGUCGCCGGCCCAGUCAUCCAACGCUACAACGACAAGCUCGAAGAGGAACGUCAAGCACGUCAGAAGGUCGAGGAAGAAGCCGCCGCUAAGCGAAAGGCCGAGGCUGACGCACGCAAGAAGGAAGAGGAAGCAAAGAAGGCGGCCGAAAAGGCAGAAGAGAAGCCUGCUGCCGAGCCCCAGGAUACAGAGAUGUCGGAUGCUAACGGUGAGACGGUCAAGCCUGAUGGUGUGGAGGAGGCUAAAUGA